UGUUAUUAUGCGCCUAGCCCGAGGUUAGGCCGCAUUAGGUGGUAAAUUGUUCCAAUAUGCGCUUUGUCCUAUGUACCUUAGGUACCUAAGUUAGGUUAAAUGGAAAUAUGGACCUAGCACUGGGGCUUCCAUCUUCUGUGGCUUUGUUUGUGGCUUCUGCUCACAGCUUUCAACUUUUUUCCAAUACCCAGGAAGUUUAAGACCCACUUUAGGUCAGUUUGGCCCGCUAAACCCGCGGGAUCGAUUUCUUGCAAACGUCUUUGAAGCCGAGCUUUGAGAAUCGAGACACCAUCUAUCCUUCUAUACUCCGUAUACUAAUACCCCCCUCCCCCAUCCACGCCGCCAUGUUCGCCCGACAGGCAUUCCGCUCAGUCCGAGCUGCGGCUCCUCAACGGACCUUCGCCCGCGCUCCCGUCCGCUCAUAUGCCGCCGCCGCUGCCACCCAGGAUGUCAAGCCUCCCGUUGCCGUCUAUGGCCUCGAUGGUACCUAUGCUAGUGCCCUGUACACUGCCGCCGUCAAGACCUCGUCCCUCGAUCCUACCGCGAAGGCUCUGAGCACCCUCAGUGACCUCCUUGCCAAGGAUCAGAAGCUUGUCACGAUUCUGAACACCCCUACGCUUUCGGACAGCGACAAGAGCGCCAUCGUUGCGGAACUGCAGAAGAACCUCGGCCCCGUGAGCUCGAACGAGACCGUCAAGAACUUCCUCGCUACCUUGGCCGAGAACAACCGUCUGGGAAUACUCCCCGGCGUCUCCGAGAAGUUCAACCAGAUCAUGCGCGCUGCCCGAGGCGAGGUCGAGCUAGUUAUUAUCAGCGCCCAGCAAUUGGACAACAAGACGCUUAGCCGUAUCGAAAAUGCCAUCGCCAAGUCUCCAAUCGUCGGACAGGGCAAGAAGCUGAAGGUCACCAACCAGAUCAACCCGGACAUCCUCGGUGGUCUCAUCGUGGAGAUUGGAGACAGGACAAUCGAUCUCUCGGUCUCGUCUAAGCUUGCCAAGCUGAACAAGCUCCUAACUGACACCUUGUAAAAUAAUCUUCCCUUUGUCUUGUGCGAGCAUGGCAGCUGCUUUGGAGAGGCGCUUGCGACUAGAAGGCUGGUUUCUCCGUCGAGAUACCAUUGUGUAUAGGCUCGUAGAAUAGAGGAAGCAUUCGUCCCCCAAUAUCAUUUGCCUACUUAUGGAACUAAUAAUUGAUGGACUUUACGCCUAGGAAAUGCCCAAUCCUGACUAGUCCAGUAUUCCACACAAGGGGAAACCCCAUUUAUAAAGACUACUAUUAUCCAAGUCGCCCUCAUAUUUGAGUUUCAAGAUAUCAGACCCGCCAAUCAAUGAUAUCUAAAACUACCGCCCAAGAUUUACUGCCGUCUGUAUAAGGGCACGUUGCUAUGCUACCUGUGUUGAUAUGAAUAGCCGAGAGGUUAAUACUAGAACAAUACUAGGAAUAUCAGCAAUAAUGUGUAUAAACCAGGCUUCCCCUUUUACUAGUAG